UUUGGUAGCAUAUUAUCAACAAAGAGAACUGAUAAUAAGAUAUAUAAUACUUCAAAACGUCUUUAGCUCCUCCUCGUCCAUAUCCAAGGAGGUAUAUUCCACAUCCACCAUGAAGGGUGAUGGAGAACUACAAGUCAUCGUUCAGCAGGGAAAAGAACAAAAUCCACCAGUUGAAGAAGAAGAAGAAAACUCAGUUGGUAGCAACCAAACAGGAGUAUCUCACUCAAACAUAUACAAACGGUUGCUCCGGGUGAUUGCAUACACAUUCUUUGUCAUUUCAGGCCAAUCAGUUGCUACAAUCCUAGGCAGACUAUACUAUGACAAUGGAGGAAACAGCAAAUGGCUAGCAACAGUAGUGCAACUUGUAGGCUUUCCUGUUCUGCUUCCAUAUUAUCUCUUCUCAAUCAAAACACAUAAAACAACUCAUAGAGAUGAUGGCAAAUCAGCCUCACCUAGGAACCGUGUAUUAGUUUACCUAGUACUUGGUCUUCUUGUCGGAGGAGAUUGCUAUCUUUACUCCACAGGACUGCUUUACCUACCCGUUUCCACCUUCUCCCUGAUCUGUGCAUCUCAGUUAGCCUUCAACGCUUUCUUCUCUUAUUUCCUCAACUCACAAAAGCUUACUCCAAUCAUUUUGAACUCUCUUUUGCUCCUUACUAUCUCUUCCACCCUCCUUGCCUUCAAUAACGAGGAAUCAAGUUUCAAAAAAGUAACAAGAGCACAGUAUGUCACAAGUUUCAUAUGCACCAUUGGUGCUUCUGCUGGGUUUGGACUAGUCUUAUCAUUACAACAGGUAGCCUUCCGUAAAGUCCUAAAGAGGCAAACAUUCUCAGAAGUUAUGGAUAUGAUUAUCUACGUGAGUCUAGUGGCCAGUUGUGUUAGCUUGGUGGGGCUAUUCGCUAGCGGAGAGUGGAAAACUUUGAGCAGUGAAAUGGAUAGCUACAAGCUUGGAAAGGUAUCUUACGUUAUGAACCUUGUCUGGACAGCUAUUACCUGGCAGGUAUUCAACAUUGGUGGUACUGGGCUGAUCUUUGAGCUUUCCUCUCUAUUCUCAAAUGCUAUAAGCGCUUUGGGAUUGCCUGUGGUUCCUGUACUGGCUGUCAUCAUUUUCCAUGACAAAAUGAAUGGGUUGAAGGUGAUUUCAAUGAUCUUGGCUAUUUGGGGUUUCAUGUCAUAUGUCUACCAACACUAUCUUGAUGACAAAAACUUGAAGAAUAGUCUUGGAAUCGCAACAGAAGAAUCAUCUGAUCCACCAGAAGCAGAAGGGUCAAGUGGGCAAAAGAUACAUUCUCUAGCCUGAGGGUAGCCUACAAUGAAGAAUAAAAAUAAUAUAUUUAUGAUGCAAUUCAAGUGAAGUAUCAAGAUGAUUUUUUUUUUUUUCAUAUUCACAUCAUUGUAAAAAUUUAGUAGGGUUGGCUUAAACAAAUAGUGAUCUAUUGUGGUUUAGUUUGAAUAAAUUUACCCAAAUCAGAUUAGCUCA